AAGGCCAGUGGUUUCGCAUGGUCACAAUAUCUCGAGGAGAUGACGCUGCCAGCUCCGGACCACUGGCGAAAUGCUCUGAUCAUCGUUCCCAUUGUCGGAACUACUGUCGCAACAAUAUUCUUCAUUCUUCGUCUUUGCUGUCGAUAUGUUGUAGCUCACAAGCUUCGCGUCGAGGACCUUCUGAUGGGUAUGGGACUGUUAUGCACGUAUGGCGUUGCCACCUGCCAGGUAUACUGUAAGUACUUGGGUCUCUUCUCGACGUUAGCCAACUGGAUACUUAUUAAAUUUUGGCCCUCUGCCCAACUGUUCGUGAAAACCUCGAUUGUGCUAUUUCUUCGCCGGCUGUUUGGCCUCAACAAGCGCUUUCGACAUGCCGCCACGGCAGUCAUCAUUUUCGUCGUUGCCUGGGGGCUGACUGCCUUAAUUGGAAAUACUUUACAAUGCUGGCCAGUCCAAUAUUACUGGAUUAGGAGCAUCGAGGGACACUGCAUGAGCGGGCAAGACACUUUCUUCCUAGUCAUCGGGUCGCUGUCAGUGGUGGAGGACGUGGUCAUUCUCUGCCUCCCCUUACCAAUAGUGUGGGAUCUGCACACUUCCACAAGACAAAAGUUACAGAUGACGGUCCUGUUUUCAAUGGGUUGCCUGACUAAUCCGUAUGUAUCACACAGAGUCUGCAUUUUCAGCAUCCUGCGACUAGUGGAGCUGAAACACUACCAGACUGGCAAUUUGACUGGUAAAGUGCCAUUACUGCCCUUACAAAACCUCAGUUCUGAUGUCAUGAGUAGUGAGCACCUCGUGGAACUCGAUUUGGACCAUCUUGGAAUUAGACAUGGCAAUUAUUUGUGGCUGUCUGUUACUCAUGAAGCCUAUAUUCCAACCUGUCAUAGGAACCGUCCGGAAGAGCGUCAUAAAACUGAGCGGACCCUGCUGCCGUGA